AUGCAGUCUGGAUUGUAUUUGACAUUAUUGAUGUGUCUGAUCACCAUCAGCAAAGCAGAUAUGUUUCCACAACCCGCCUCCCCGGACGUCCUGGUGCUCUAUGUAUCCGUUUCCUCCUCAUCCUCCACCUCCUCCUCCUCCUCCGCCUCCUCCCCACCCUCCUCCCCCUCCGCCCCAUCCUCCUCCACCCCAUCCUCCUCCUCCCCCUCCGCCCCAUCCUCCUCCGCCCCAUCCCCCUCCUCCCCACCCUCCUCCUCCUCCUCCCCAUCCUUCUCCUCCCCAUCCUCCUUCCCCCCCUCCCCCUCCGCCGCCCCCUCCUCCUCCCUGCUGACCUGGCCUUCCCGGUCUCCCAGAACCGCCGGAUCCUCCUGGUCGUCCUGGCAUUCCAGGACUGCCAUGUCCUCCACCUCCACCUCCACCUCCACCUCCACCUCCCUGGUGGCCAGGUCCUCCCGGUCUCCCAGGACCUACGGAUCCUCCUGGUCGUCCUGGCCUUCCAGGAUUGCCAUGUCCUCCACCUCCACCUCCACCGCCGCCUCCACCUCCCUGAUGGCCUGCCAUGUCCACCCCCUUCUCCUCCCUGGUGGCCUGGCCUUCCCGGUCUCCCAGGUCUGCCGGAUGCUCCUGGUUCUUCUGGCCUUCUAG